GAGCGCGCUUUCCGUGUCUGGUUUAGUGGACUGACAGCCAGCUGUGUGCGCGAGAGACUACAACGGCAGCAUCGAGCUUCUUGAUUUGCUCCACACAACCACAUCAGUGUUGGUCCGCUCCCGACCAUUGUUGACGUGAAACGAAGCUUUUUAAUUUUCAAACGGACUCAUAGGACCGGCGGUUUCCGCGCUCAAGAACACACAGAGGUAGAAGAGCAUUUCUCCACCAUGAAUCCGGAGUGUAGCAGAUGUAAAAAAGUCGUUUACCCCACGGAAAAAGUGAAUUGUCUGGACAAGUUCUGGCAUAAAAGAUGCUUCAGCUGCGAGGUCUGCAACAUGACUCUAAACAUGAAGAAUUACAAGGGCUACGACAAGAACCCAUACUGCAAUGCACACUACCCAAAAACACGUUUUACCGCUGUGGCUGAUACUCCAGAGAACCUCCGCCUCAAACAGCAGAGCAAGAUGCAGAGCACUGUUUACUACAAGGAGGAGUUUGAGAAGAUUAAAGGAAAAGGUUUCACCGUGGUCUCUGAUACGCCCGAGAUGCAGAGAAUCAAGAAAACACAGGAUCAAAUCAGCAAUAUUAAGUACCAUGAGGAAUUUGAGAAGAGGAGGAUGGGAGGAGACCACCCACCAACUGUCCAUCAGCCCCCUUCAGGAUCUCAGCACUACCACUACGAUCCUGCACCUGAGCCUGUACCUGAACCAAUGCUCCCGGCAGCCGCCGCCCCACCGCCCUCUGCUGGUAAGCGGUACAGAGCCUUGUACGACUACACCGCUGCCGACGACGACGAGGUGUCCUUCAUGGACGGAGACGUGAUCGUAGAUGUGCAGCCCAUCGACGAGGGUUGGAUGCAGGGGCGCGUGGAGCGCACUGGCGAGCUGGGCAUGCUGCCUGCCAACUAUGUAGAGCCCAUGUGAGGGAGA